UAAAUAGAUAUUCAAUCAAUUAAAAAUUUUUUAUUAAACAUGACACACUUAACCUAAAUAAUCUGCAUAAAAAAUGGCUGAAAAAUUAGGUUUAGGACCUGAAGUGCGUGAACUAAAAUUGGGUGCCAGCUUCACAAAUCCACGAUCGACUGCCUUUCACACAGUACGAUAUGACUUUAAACCGGCUAGUGUUGAUGUUAAUAAAUCGGCAACAAUUGAUGUGGGCUCAAAUAAUCAAAUUACAGUAAAUGUGCCCCAUUUAGAUGGAGCUGGAACAUCGCAAACUGUUUUUAAAGGUUCCCAAAAACCUUAUCAAAAAGAAUGUGUGUUGAUUAUUGAUAAGAGUACGGGGAAGAUUACCUUAGAGAGGCUGACAAGCAAUAUUCAAGUGAAGAAGACGAGAUCGGAGGCAUUACAUAAACCAUUACCGCCACAUUUAGCGGAUAAAUUGGAGCCAAGUCCGAAUUCUUCGUCAUCGUCAUCCUCAUCGAAAAUGGGUUCGAAAUUAAGUGGAGGAAAUAAAAGUCGGAAAGAGCGUCAAAGUUUACCAAUUUCAAAACAUUCACCACGUCAUCCAGCUUCAAGUCCUGCUUCACAUCAUUCACCAGCUCGAUCACGAUCACCUGUUAAACGUGAACCCGUUUCGUUACCUCCACCUCCAGCUCCUAAAAGUGCUUCAGCGUCUCCAGUUGCUCCACCUUCAUUAGCAGCAAGUUUACCAUUGAUUGGAAUGGAUGAUUUUCCAAUGGUUAGUAAACCUGCUGAACGUAUGGAGAAAUUAUCACCUUACUCAAAACCGUAUAAGGCUACUCCACCAGCGCCAGAACCAACCACAAAUAAAGGAAAACCAACGGGUGCAGGUGCGGGUGCUUUAAGUGAUAGUUCCAGUUCAAGUUCGAGUAGCAGUGAUGAUUCUGAAUCCGAUAAUGAUGUUAAUACUAAAAGAUUGGUUAACAAUUUUGGUCAACAAUCACUGCACUCUGAAAUAAAAGUUUCUGAUAGCAGUGACUCAGAUAGCGAUGAUGACGACGAUCAUGAAACGCAUCAUGUUCCAGUUACAAAGCCAUCGAUGCCAGCAAUGACAAAUCCAAUAGAUCAUGUACUCAACGAAGAUUUAUGCCUAUCAGAGAGUGGCAGUGAAAGUGAUUAAAAAUCCCAUAUUACCACAUAUUUACCAAUUAUAUUUUUUUUAAAUUAUAUAUAUUUAUAUAUAAUAGUGAUGGGGCGGGCCGAAUGUUUUAUUUUGUACAUUCGAGAAUGCAAAUGCGAAUGUUCACUUUCAAAUGAAGUGCAAUUCAAUAGGGUAUUAUCGUUAGUCAAAAAUAAAUUAUGAAAUUUGAAUAAG